AUGGAGAAACCGCCGAGAUGUGUUCGGUGGGGGUACGAGGUUAAUACCUCUUCUGAUGACUGCAUCGACGCGAUUAACUCCUAUUAUCAACAGGUUCUUAGUUUUGGGAGGAAUAGGAAAGUGAUUCUCCAAGCACCACUCCAUGACAAAGAUUGUGUUUUGGGCAACAUUUUAGCUGCUUAUUACCUUUCUUCAUCUGCUCCUUCGAGAGCCAAUUUCUACAUUGAAGCUGCUAAUUCCAAUCUCGAACAAUCUACACCUUAUGAGAAAGCGGUUUUCGAGGUUAUUAGUUACCAUAUGUCUGAGGACAGGGAUGACGACUUGGCUUUUGAAAUGCACACCGAGUUACUAAAAAGAUUUCCAAAGGAUUUGGCCUCUCUGAAGAGAGCACAGUUUUUAUGUUUCUACAUGGGUCAACCUGCUCCUUUUUUGGGUCUUGUUCAGCAGGUUCUACCUGCGAAUCAAGAAGAAAGUUACAUACACGGUAUACUUGCAUUCCCAUUGUUAGAACUUGGUCGAAUGGAAGAAGCGGGGGUUGCUUCCAGAAAAGGCUAUGAGAUAAACAAAGACGACGCCUGGGCACAUCACUGUUUCCCAUAUAAGACUUAUCAGUAUACACACAAUUGGUGGCAUGUUGCUCUUUGUUACUUGGAAGGAGGGUCACCAAUGAGUAAAGUAAAGGAGAUUUAUGAUCAUCACAUCUGGAAAGAAUUGGAGAAAGACGACGCUGUUCCUCCUGAAGUAUAUGUCAAUGCUCUGGGCUUGUUGUUGCGUUUGGAUGUAAGAGAUGCUCUUGAUGGUUUUGAAGACCGUCUCAAUGUCCUUGCAGUUUGUUUAACUGAUCAGGCAAACUGGUAUUUGGAGUGGCACAUCGAUAUAUUGAUAGUUUGGGCAUUAGCAAAGGUUGGAGAGACUUCAAGAGCUCAUGAAUUACUCGAGGGUCUGAAGUUCCGAAUAUCGAAGAUGAACAAGAAGAAACAACAAGUGAUGCAGAAAGGGGUUCAGCUCGGAGAAGCUGUGUAUGAAUACACAAAGGGUAACUACAAAAAGGCUUUAGAACUACUUGGUUCAGAGUUUAACGCCUUUGAUUACAAGUUCAUCGGGGCAUCGGAUGAGCAGAUAGAUGUUUUCAACGAAAUGUGGUGCCAGUUGCUGCUAUACACAGGCCAAUCCUCCACUGCGAAAGAAGUGAUCAAAGAGAGGAUAAAGGUCAGAGAUGGUGUUCCUUUCAUGUGGCGAUUGCUGGAGAAGAGUUGCGCCAUGGAAGGCAAUGCAGAAGCUGUAACUGCAGGAGAGACAGCUAGGAAGCUGGAAUCUUCUUAUUUCUAA